AUGAAUAUUGUUGAACUGCUCGAUUUACCUGAUGAAUUAAUAUUAUUUAUUAUGAAAAAAGUGAAUCCUCAAGUAUUAUUACUUUGUUCCGCAAUUAAUAUUAGUAAUAAACGCUUCGAACAACUUGCAUUUGAUACAUGUUAUGCAAUUGAUUUGACUUUUGAUUAUUCUCGAGCACCAUAUAAAUUACUUAUGGAACAAUUUUAUUCAAAUGUUCUGCCUCGUGUUAUUUAUAACAUUAAAUCAUUAACAAUCAAUUGUUAUCAUAUUUCGUCUAUUAAACGUUUUAUGAAGAAUAACUGUAAUGCAACUCUUCCAAAUCUGAUGCAUGUAAAAAUUUUGGUUGGUGCUAGACAUGGUAAAACGAGCAUGCCUAUUACAAUAGGAAAUUCUCUGAUGUUUUACCCUGAUAUGCGAACACCUCUCUUCACAACUGUACCGCAAUUCAUUUUAUCACCCCACAAAAUGAUUGGUGAAAAGAUAAUUACCUUUUGUCGUUUACCAUUUAUGCAUGCUGCUCAGUCGGUUGAACUUGAUGAGAACCUUGUUUCAUACGAAAUAUUUGCCAAUAAUCAACCAUAUUUCGAUCAACUUAAACAAGUAACUCAUCUUUGUAUAUCUUUGUGGGGAUUCCAUCAAUGCGUCCAUUUACUAGUUCACAUGGGCUCACAACUUCAUUCAUUUACAGUGACUAUAGGAAAGGUUUAUGAUAAAAAACCUGAUUUUAUCUCUAAAGUCAGAUCAAUUUCAUGUCCUAAUUUAAAGAAAAUGACAAUGAUAAUGUAUCGUAAUUUUAACAACUAUGAACAAUGUACUUCUGUUUUACAGCGUUUGUCAAAUGUUGAAUAUUUAAUAUUAUUAUUAGCUAUAGAUCAAGAUGGUAUUAGACCUUCACAUUUUAUUGAUGGAUCUAUAUUAGAAAAAAAAAUUCUUCAAUACAUGCCUCGUUUAUGUCAAUUUAAUUAUCAUAUUCGUUCAAUAUUAAAAAAUACUUUUCAUAUAACAAUUAAUCAAAUUCGUCAAAGUUUUCUUAAACAUAAACAAUCAUUUGAUUGUGUACUCGAUCAUUUUAAAAAUAAAUACGGUCAAUGUCAAAUUUAUUCACUUCCAUUUAUUGGUAGUCGUCUUGAUUUUAUUUCAAAUCGAUUUCCAUUAUUUGAUAUUAAAAAUACAUUUUCAAAUGUUACUAUUUUAUUACUUUUUGAUGAUGUUAAACCAUUUGAAAGUAUUUUCUUUGAACGUGCGGCUCGAGCUCUACCUCGACUUCGAACGCUUGAGAUAAUCAACCAACUCGAACAACAAGAAAAACCAACAACACAGAAAACUAAUAUUGAUUUUCCUCAUUUAGCUGUACUUAUUUUAUAUGAUAUUCAUAUCGAUUAUGCUGAAGAAUUUCUUUGUCAAAUUCAUCUUCCUUCUCUAAUUGAACUUGCUAUUAACAAGGAUAUAUUGCUGAAAAUAAUUUCUCAAAAUCGACAACACGCAAGACACAAUUGUUCGAAAGUUGCAAGAAUACUAACAUCCAAAUCAUCUCAUCAAUCCAUAGACACUAUUCGAAACUUUUUUCCACAAGCUGAUUAUUGCGAAUAG